AUGGGGGACCAGGAAAGGGAUGCAUUUGUCGUAUAUAUUCCUCUUUUCCCUUUCCACUUCACCCGCCUGAUCGAGUUCAUUGCUCUCAAAGCUGACAGUUGGAUCCAAGAUCAGCGCUGUCCCUCCUGUUCUGGAAAACGAGACAAUAUCCGCUUACCUUGUAGAGCCUUCACUGUCGAUGCAAUAGACCUCGUCAAAGCAGGUGAAUUCCUUUUCUCUAAGGAGCCUCAUCACCUCGAACUUUACCCUAUGGUGCCGGCGUGUUAUGAGGAGGGAGUUGUUGGGGCAUUUUCCCAGCACAUGGGCUGGUGUUUCAGACUAUACCGCCAUUUACGACAGAGGGAAUCGCCGUAA